AUGGUUGCCCUCAACGGUGAAGUGGAGCUCACUUUGGACGACAUCGGCACGCAAAAUCUCACGGGCGCAUCGCCGACCAUGUUCAGCAUCCCCUACAACGAUCAGUUGGCACCUUUGAAAGUGAGAUCAUUGGCUGAUUCCAAGCUUGCUGUUUGGCAGCGGGAGGACUUGGGCAGUAUCCUGGCCUUCGAGAACUUUGAUGGGGCCGUCGAGCAAGACAGCAAGGUGAGAAGCCUUCAGUCGGUUUUCAUUUUCGCAACACUCUCGAUGGAGCAGCUGAAACGCUUGGCCGCAGCUCUAGAAAUCGAGAAGGUCAAGAAGGGGGCCCGGGUCUUUUCUCAAGGGGAUCAGGGAACGCACUUCUACAUCAUCCGCAAAGGAGCUGUGAGUGUCGAGAUUGAUGGUCGGGUGAAGCGCAGGCUAGGGGACCCUGACUACUUCGGGGAGCGAGCACUCCUGGGUGGUGAGAUCCGGAGUGCCAGCAUUGCGGCCCUAGAGGAUAUCGAGCUGUGGAAGAUGGGCAAAGAAACCUUCCAUCAAAUGAUGCAGGGCCCUUGCCUGGACUACCUCAAAGACCGCAUCUCAUUGCAGGACACAAACCUGACGUUCACCGACUUGGAGUUUGUCCGCGUCAUUGGGCGUGGGGGCUUCGGAAUUGUGAAGAUGGUGCGGGCGAAGAAGACAGGCGUCAGGUACGCGCUGAAGUGUGUGCGGAAGCGGGACGUGGUGGAGAAGAACGUGCAAGAUGCGCUCGUUUCUGAGCUAAGCAUAUUGAAGGAGGUUGAUCAUCCAUUCAUCAUCAAGUUCGUUCGUUCCUUCCGUAAUGAGAGUCGAGUGUACUUCCUGAUGGAACUGGUCAGCGGUGGAGAGCUCCUUGAUGCUUUGGACUCUCUGGGACUUCUCAAGUACAGCCAGGCGUUAUUCUACACUGGGUCCAUUGUCCUUGCACUCGAGUUCCUGCAUGCCAGACGCAUUGCAUACUUGGAUUUGAAGAGCGAGAAUUGCCUCAUUGACCAGCAGGGCUACUUGAAGAUCAUUGACUUUGGCAUUGCUCGCCGUAUCACCAACACCCGUUACGGCCCACUCAAGGGAACUCCGAUGUUCAUGGCUCCGGAGAUGAUCCUGGGCAAGGGCCACACCACCGUUGCGGAUUUGUGGAGCCUUGGGAUUUGCCUCUACGAGUUUGUCAUCGGAAACUUCCCUUUCGCGAGCAAUUGCACCAAUCAUGGCCAGAUUUUCCAUGAAAUCCUGCGUGCCGAGCUCAAGUUCCCUUCCUGGUUCGACAAGCAGCCCAUGGCCGAUGAUAUCAUGAGUCUAAUCCGCGGCUUGUUGACGCGAGACCCAAAGAAGCGGCUGGGAGCCGGACACGAAGGCUACGCGAAGCUCAAGAAGCAUUCGUUCUUCAACGACCUGUGUUGGGAGAAGCUGCUGGGCCGAGAGUUAGAACCUCCUUUCGUUCCCAGUAGCGAAACCUAUGCAGAGGACAAAGAAAAGCCGAACCUUCCUGCAGACACCGACCAUUUGCCAACAGUGGAGGAGGAGGAGGCGAGAUGUGCUGCGCAAGAGGAGCCCUGGGAGGACCCAGCUCCUGGUUGGGACGCCGAUUUUUGA